CCGGCGAACCUGUGCUGGGAGUGUCUCGCAACUCGCUUCCUCCUCCUCCGCCCCCGUCCCUCCCCGAGUUUUUAUAAGCUCUGCCCCGGCCGCGUUUCAUCGAUUCUCUGACUCACCGCGGUUGGAGGAGGUUGCCCCGUCCUGGCCUGGCUGAGCCGCUCCUGAGCCUAUUCCGAGCCUGUCCCGUUCCGUGCCCGCUCCGUGCCCUCUCCGUGCCCGCUCCGUGCCCAUCCAUCCCGCUCCGCUCCCACCGCGCACGAUGUUCUGCCCACCCCGACGGCUCUGCCUCUUCCUCCUGCUGCUCCUCGCGAGAGCUGCUUUUGGAACUGAUGCAGCAGCACUGAGUAGAAGGGAUGAUUUGGAUCCCUUGGACCCAAGUGGGGGAGGGACAGAGUUGUACUACGUGCCAGAGAAAGGUCUCCGCUGCCAGCAGUGUCCCGCAGGCACCCACCUUGCAAAGUCCUGUGAAGAAGAAAAUGGCUCCAGCACGUGUUUGCCCUGCAAGGCCGAGGAAUUCAUGGAUUACCCAAACGCCUUCCACUCCUGCCAUGAAUGUCUGAAGUGCAGGGAAGAUCAGGUGGAGCUGAGUCCCUGCCAGGCCACCAGGAACACGGAGUGUGCCUGCAAGGAGGGCACCUUCUGCGACCCGAAGCUCCCCUGCGAGAUGUGCCACAAGUGCCAGACCCGGUGUCCCGAGGGCCAGGUGGUGCUGUCUCCCUGCACUCCUUACAGUGAUCUCCAGUGUGGUCCUGCCCAGGGCACCGGCUUCAACUACCUCUGGAUUAUCAUCCCGGUGGUGAUCCUGUUCCUGUUCGUGCUUGUGCUCCUCAUCUGUAAGUACUGCUGCUGUUCCCCAGGGAAGAGGAGAAACCUGACGUCCUACAGUUUGAAGGAUGCAAGCAACCUGAUGCAAAAGCUGAGCUGGUGCGGGAGGGGGAACGUGGGGACACAGGACAACAACCUCAACGAGCAGCGCGCCCGGGAUCCGCCGCUCCCCAGGGCCGAGGAGUCGGAGGAGAUGCUGCCGAUUGCCCCUUCUCCCAGGCCGAGACCCAGGAGGGAUCUGGUUCCACAGACAGGGAAAGAACCCAUUCAGGCGCUGCGAAGCACUUUUUACAUCUUUGCUGGAAUGAAAUUCAUCUACUGGAAGAAAUUCGGCCGAAGCCUCAAUAUGCUGGAGAACGAUCUGCCCUUUGACCGGUCACAGGACGCCUUCUAUGAAAUGCUCAACAAGUGGCUGGAGAGAGAAGGUUCCAAAGCCUCUGUGAACGUGCUGCUGGAGACCCUGGACCAGCUCGACCUCCGUGGGGUCGCAGACGACAUCUCCUCCGAGAUCAUCAGGAAGGGAUUAUUUAAAUCCGAAGGAGCCGAAGAGCAGGGCGGGUCCUGUGCCUCCGUUCCGUGACCCGAAGCUGUGAACUACCUCCCAGGACAUAUGAAUUUUAGGUGUUUAUAGCUCUGCCGUUGUGGAGCUCGGCUGAACCAGGAGUGAAGUACGAACUUCGUGGUGCUAUUUUUGCAGCUGUUGCAGCUGCAGGCUCCAUGGUGGUGCUUCCUUACAGAUGCCAAGUGCUCUCUUGGUUUCACUUGGUCAUUCACUGGUUAGUUGCUGCUAAGUUGUUUUUUUUAAGUUACUUUAAGUUUUUUUAAGUUACAUUAGUGGUUCUGCUUGCUGUUCCAGCUUGAAAAGUGGACUUUGAGGGGAGAGUGGGAACGAUUUAUUUGCACUAUGAUCACUGGGGUUGCUUAAGAAAAGGGACAGUGCAGGGAUCAUCUAGUCCAACCCCCCUGCCACGAGAAGGGACAUAUUCCACUGGAUCAGGUGGCUCCAAGCCCUGUCUAGCCUUGGCCUUGAAUGUUUCUAGGGAUGGGGCAACCACCGCCUUUCUGGGCAUCCUGUGCCAGUGUUUAACCACGUCCUCAUUUGAAAAAGGUUCUUCCUAAUAUCCAAUCUAAUUUGACCCUCCUUCAGUUUGAAGCCAUUCUCAUGUCCUGUCACUCCAGGCUC